UGUUUAGUCCCAUAUUCCACGCCUCUACACUUUAGCUGUCGGUUUGUCCAUUUCCUUACUACUUUUUCAAACUUCUUCCCUUUCUCUCUCUGUCUUCCUAAGAAUUUAAGAUAAGGGGUAGGAAAUGAGUGAAAAUUAAGUAAGAUGAUGAUAAUGGAAUGGGAUCAACAGCAAGAGAACCAAAGCCAAAACCAGAGAGAAGAUAGUGUGAAUCUCAAUGUGAACAAUGGAGUAAUGUAUGUGAAGGUGAUGACAGAUGAGCAGUUGGAGACUCUCCGGAAGCAAAUUGCUGUUUAUGCCUCUAUCUGUGAGCAACUUGUUGAGAUGCACAAGAAUCUCACUGCCCAGCAAGAUCUUACAGGUGGGAGACUGGGAAAUCUGUAUUGUGACCCAUUAAUGACAUCGGGCGGGCACAAAAUAAGUGCGAGACAACGGUGGACACCAACCGCUGUGCAACUUCAAAUACUGGAACGUAUAUUUGAUGAAGGAACUGGAACUCCAAGCAAGCAAAAGAUCAAAGAGAUAACCUCAGAACUAAGUCAGCAUGGCCCCAUUUCUGAAACCAAUGUGUAUAACUGGUUUCAAAACAGACGAGCUAGGUCUAAAAGGAAACAAGUAAUGGUUGCAUCCUCCAGUAAUAACAACAAUAAUCAUAAUAAUGCAGGUGAAUCAGAGGUAGAGACAGAAGUUGAGUCACCAAGGACAAAACCAGAGAAUCUUCUGCUUGUAUCAGAGGGUCAGGGUCAACAUCAUGAUGUGUGCUUUCAGAACCCAGAGAUAACUUCUCAACUGCAGUUCUUGGGUGUAGGAGAUGACCAUAUGUGUCAGCUAAAAGAAUGGGGGGAAGCUGCAUUUAUGACCAAGCAUGGCAGGGUGAGUGAGUGAAUGAGGCAAUGGAACUACAUAGCAUGCAUGCUUUGACAUAGUAAAGCUAAUACAUAAACUUUGAAUCUUACACUGCCCUUUAGGCUUUUGGCUGUCUUUUGUUUUUGAUUAAUUUUUGUUAAUAUGAAGAAUUGAAAGAAGUGUGCUUGGGCAGGUUGUUGAUGAAAUUAAGAGAGUGCUUGAUUUGGAAUGUUUGAUGGUAAA